UCAAUAUAUUUCUAACCAUUCAGUUUCCCAAAAUGUCGCUUUUUAAAAUACGAACAUUUUGGAGUGUUCACUGUGAAGAAGAUUCAUUUGAUCAAAAUAGUUUGUUAGUAACGAAACUUAAUCAUGACUCUGAUUUUCUAAUAGUUGGGAGUCACAGUGGGAUUUUAAAAGUUUUUAAACCUUCAUGUGAGACAAAUUUUAAAGAAUAUUCCCCUUCAGAUUUAUUGAUAGAAACAAUUUUAAAAGAUCCAAUCCUCCAAUUAAGCUCUGGCCGGUUAUUAUCAGGUUCGACUAAAGUCCAGUUAGCAGUCUUACAACCCAAAUCACUAAACGUUUAUGAUCUAAUUGCAAAAGAGGGGGCAACGGAGCACGGCGUUCAAAAUAUUCUUGAGCCACUAUACGUCCAUAAAUUGCAAAAGUUGGCUUUUAAUUUAUGUGUAGGUCCUUUUGGAGGCGUUAAAAACCGCGAUUUUAUUUGUGUACAAUCGCUAGACGGAUUAUUAACGUUUUUUGAACAAGAAAGUCUCGCGUUUUGCUGUUUUCUACCCGAUGUUUUACUCCCAGGACCUUUAAUUUUUGUUAAAUCCUCCGAUAGUUUUGUUACGUCCAACUCAAAUUGGCACAUAAUCAGCUUUAGAUAUAAAGUAUUGUCUGAGGCCGGUCAAAAUUCCAUAGAGGGCCCAAAUGUGGGUAAAGUCUGCAGUGACUGGACGUUUAAUCUCGGGGAAGGAAUCAUAAGCCUAGAUGUGGUCCAAGACUCCACUUCCAGAGAAACCUACAUUAUGGUGUUGGGUGAAAGAAGCAUUUUCUGUCUAAGUGACAGUGGAAAAUUGAAAUACAUGAAACGGCUCGAGUUUUCCCCACUCAAUUUUAUCAACUACUUCCUUAACGACAGGAUUAUCUCACUUGUUGUUUCCGAGACAAAUAAUUUACUGAUUUACCAGAAUACUUCUUUGAAGUGGUGCUCACAGUUGUCCGUUUCUCCUAUUUCUUUCAAUCGUGGUCUUGUUUGCAAUACUGAUGGUGUCUUAGUGUUACUACUAGAGGAAGGAACUCUAUCGUGUUCAUAUCUGGGCACAGAACCGAGCUUAUUUGUGGCACCUCCUUUAGCCGUUCAAGAUUUGGACUUCGAAAAAGCCGGUCAAGAAUUGACCAAACUACACAAAAUUGUUAAAAAUACAUAUUCGAACGAUAUAAAAGUAACCAACGCCACAACCGAACGCGAACUUGUCCUAAAUGUCUCAGUGAGUCCACAUUUAGAAGACUCUACACUCGAAAACGCCAUAAAUAACAAAACUUGUCCCAUUUUAAUAGAUAUCAUCCCUCAGACUUUAUUCGAAGAAGUCCAAGUGACGGUUUUCGUAGAAUACCCGCUGAAAGUUUGUCCCCAGACUGAGUUUUUCACUAAUUUAUCUGAAAAAACCACAAUGAGUUGCCGUGUUUUCAUGGAGAAACCUGAAGAGGUUUCACAUUUAAACGUGCAAGUUGUGGCUUCAUUUAUAUCGAGUUUGGGAGUUCCGAGGAGUGUGAUGAGAUGUGCGACGUUGCCUUUAAACUUAGCAGUUGAGACAUGUCCGCCCUGUAAAGAUAGCGAGUGCAAAGUGACUUUAAAUAUUAAUCAGACUCCCGUGGGUUUAUCUGUUCUUUUCCCAGAAUACACGUUUUCCUCGAACAAUAACGCAAUUGCGUUUAAAAAUAAAGCAGCAAACGGGAAAGUUGUAACAAUAUUGUUGGCAAAAUCGUCUGAAAGAUACAGACUUCAGUCGGACUCCUUCGCAUCGUUGAAUCUUUUAGUGGAAGAAAUGGUGAAUCGGCUUAGGAAACACUAUGCCAACAUUGGCGAUUUUGCAAUUACUUCUGGUUCUUUUCCGCAAACUAGUGUUAUACUUGAUUAUGUUAGAGCCCAUUUUAAUUCACAACAGAAAUUCGUUUCGUUACAGAACCAGAUUAUUCAGCUCAGUGCCCAGUUGAGAUUAAUCCAGAAACGCCUAAUUGCAAAGUUUAAAAUAAAAAACCCGACAUCACUGGCCAAUUUGGAGUUACUUCUCGGAGACACUUAUUCCGAAAUUAUGAAACUGACCGAAGAGUUUGAAGAAGAGAAGAAUAAUUUAGUUAAAAGAAGAAAUGAAUUAUCUUCGAUUUUACACCUUGUAAUUAAUAUUAUCAAAUUAAUGGACGUUAAUAUGAAAGUGAGACAGUUGAUUGAAUCUGCUUUUAGCCCUGUUAUCUAUGACAUUGAUGGACAAAGUUGGGAAGACAUCACUGACGCAUCUUUAUCGUAUUUAUUGCGCACAGUUCUGGCGAAAUCUGAGAAAGAUAAAUUACGAACUGCUCAUGCAAAUUUGGAAGAAAUCAGGGAUGUUUCAAAAAUUGAGAAACAUUUAACUCUGAUCCUUGAAAGAAUUUCAAAAGGAAUUUUACUAGAAUCUUCUAGUUUGCUCGAUGAAGUGGAAGAAGAAAAUGGAAACAAAGAAGACAAUAAUGUGACGGAAAGUUUGCCGAUUGGGUCUCAAAUUGGCGAAUCCAGUUCUCAACUGCUUUUAGCAAGGAGAGGUCUUCUCACGAAAAAGUCACAAUGAAAUAUUACAGUUGUAGCAGUAAAAAUGUGUAUGUAUACCUUCGGGUGUAAAAUUUCUCUCGACAUACCCACCUAUUGUUAAAUAAAACUUUCAGUUUUCUGAUUGUACAGCACAGUCUCACUUUCUAAUGUACGUGUAAACAGUGCCAUUUCAUUUAUGAAAAGUAUUAUUGUAAGUAGGUAGCUUGAGAUAGAAACGUACACAGCGAAUGGAAAGAAAUUAACAAAAUAAUUUUUGGUAAAAUCGCAAGUAAUUUUUAGCGAUAUUUUCAUUUUAAAGAUCAUAAUAAUUCAUAUCUUAUUUGUAAAAGAUUUUUUUUUAAAUAGGUUUUUUUCGUAUUUAUAAUUAUAGUGG